AUGAGUAUGCAACGGCCUAGUCUCCCUCAUCUGGAUAUACCGGGCGAGUCGGGCGAGUCGACGCCCCUGUUCGCGUCGCCCAGGGUCCCCGAGCCGGAGACAUCGGAGUUGCCGGGCGGCCCAGCGCCGGUUGCCCACGGCCGACGCGCGGGAUCCCUGGCGCCGCUGGCGCCCCUGGGAGGACUGAAACCUCUCGGCGCGCCGCUGCCCCCGAUAUCGGGCCUGGUUCCAAAGCCCGUAUCGCCCGUCGAGCCUCAAUCGCCCGGUGCCGCGCCCGCGCCGGCGCCGGCGCCGCCGCCGGUGCCGUCCACGCCGCUCUCGCAGAUUGGAGUCUCGGUGCCGUCGCUGCCGCCGCCGGACCUACCCGCGACCCCGGCGCGCCCGUACUUCCGCGACGACUGGGAACUGCACGAGGAGAAGAUCGUGGGCUCACCCGGCGGGUCGUGGGCGGUGUACCUGGUGGACCGAACCACCGGCGUGGCGUACCUCCCCUCGGACGUUUGGCCCGAGCCGGCGGGGAUGGUGUCGAGCGACGGCGCGUACGUAGACGCCGACGCGCCCGGGGUUUCAUCCGUGGACUUCGUCGCCCUCAUGGACGCGUUCCUGAAGAGACACAAGAGGCGGCUACGUGACGUGUGGGACGCGCACGAUACGGGGAAGCGAGACGUGCUGUCGGAGCAGGAACUGGCGGGGUUCAUCGACGAGAUCGUCGGGACGCACGCGGUUUCGAGGGCGCAGCGAAAGUACCUGGAGGUUGUCCUCUCCGACGUGCGGUGGGUCGGUGCUUCGUACGAAGGUCUCGUCAAGGCGAUGCGGGAGUGUAAGGAUAGGAAGAGGCGUAAGCCGCACCCGCUCGUCGCGCCCGGUCUAUCGGAAACACCCGAGGUUUUGGACAGGCUGAAGUCGUACAUGUUCAACAACAUGAUAUCCGCGAAGAGGAUCUUCGCGAGCCUCGACGUCGAGGAGUGCGGCUGGCUGGAGAUUGAGCAGCUUCGACAGAUGGUGCACAAGAUCGCGCCCGACGUGUCCGAGUCGGAGAAGAGACGAUUGACCGCGGGACUCGCGUGGAUGGACCCCAGGGGCGAGGCAAAGGUGAGGUAUAUCGACCUGAUCCGAUGCGCCAAAAUCGCCAAGCUGAAAGUUGAGCCCAUGUCUUGGGGCGAGGUGAGCACCACGCCGCCGGCCAAGGAGUUCGUCGAACGCGCCGACAGGAAGGCGGAAAAGAAGCUCGAGGAGAAGAUCAACGGGCCGGCUCCCACGCGACCGAGACCGGCGGCGGCCAAGACACCCGUGAGGGGUCCCGCCAAGACACCGGCGGCGGCGAAGCGGCGACCGGGUGCGCACGGGGGAAUCGUCAAAUCGCCCAAAUCUCCGGGCAACGUGAAGAUACCGGUGAAACUGGCGGGAGGUACGCCGAAGACGCCCGCUUCGAUCGGCGCGCGGCGCGCCUCGAUCGGGUCCGUCGCCGAGAACCCCGCGACGCCCGCGACGUCCCCGCCCGAUCCCGAUUCCGAGCCGAGGACGGACAAGCCCCCGGGGCCGUCGCCGCCCGUGCCCAAGCGACGCUCACCGUCAACGGUGUCGAAACGGGCCUCGCCGCCGUCGUCCAAGAAAUCGUCCCCUCCCACGGCGAAGAAGUCUGCACCGGCGACACCGAGCUCCUCACUUCCACCCGUCAACAAACCCGCGAGGUCGACCCCCACCGCACGCACCGCGCUCAGGUCCGCUCGGCCGGACGAGUUGAGGAGCGCGAACAAGAAACGCGCCGCGGUGACAAAGAAGGACCUCGCCGCCGACGAUGACGACGGGCACCCAAAACCGCUGUACCCCGAACCCGGCGUGGAAGAGUGGGAACUCGAGCGCGCGUUGACGCACGACGGCGCGACGUACCUCGUCGACCGUUAUAACGGCUCGAACAUCGCGUACGACGACUCGGGUGAAUGGCCGGUGAGCGUCGGAAAGUUGGUUGAGGAUUCGGACCCGCUGAAUCGGAUGUUUGAUUCCGUGUCCAAGCCGAUGAUUCGCAUCGUUCGAAGCACGGGCACGAGGGACGCGGGUGCCAUAUUCGACGAGAUCGACCGCAUGCUCAAAGACGAGCGCAGGCGCCUGCGCGACGUCUUCGAUGAGUACGACCGGAACAAAGACGGGGUUCUCACCGGCGAGGAGCUUGGCCGAUUCAUCAGGGCAGCCGUUCCCGAUGCGACCCUUCCUGAGGUUCGCUAUUUUGGCGUCAUGUGCGACGUCAAAGGUGAAGGCGGCGUCCGCUUCGAGGGGCUCAUCGAGGCAAUCAGAGAAUCCCUGGACGCGACGCAGAUGGCGCAGGCGGCGCGUCACUCGGAUGAGCUCGCGCCAGUGAUGUCAAAGCUGCGAAAUUUCAUGAGGGAGAACAGCGCCGACGCGAAAAAAGUUUUUGAGGCUUGCGAUUUGGACGGAAGUGGCGAGCUCGAGGUCUUCGAGCUGCGUCAGAUGAUCAAGGAGCUCCAGCCGGACGUCACCCCCGCCGAGCUCAGGCACCUUCUCGCGGGGUUCAGGGAGGUUGACACGGACGGUAACGGCACCGUGACGUACAGGGAGCUGCUACGGGGUUUGCGGCUGGUGAAGAUUGUCCGGGUCUCCGAGGGCCACCACAAGAGGAGGGAGGCUGAGAAGGCUGCGAGGAUCCGCGGGGAGUUUGGAAGGGAACCGAUCGACGCGGCCGCCAGGCCAGCGCCGCUCCCACUCUUCUCCGAGCGGGUGGACCAGGCAAAGGGGGAAGACUCCCCCUCUCCCAAGUCAGCCGCUCCUCUCAAGCCCACAGCCUCACCUCCCAAGUCUGACAUCGUCGAGGAAAUCUCGUACGAAGAUGAUUUUGUGGAGGAUGACAUCGUCGAGGAGCUCCUCUCAUCCGACCCCGAAACGAAGGAGGAAACCAAGCCAACAUCGACCGAACCCCCGCCCGCGCCCAGAUUCAAGCCCGACCUCGUGGGUUUCACUCCUCCCGACUGGACCCUCGAGGCGAUCACUGUCGGCCGGGAGACGCUCCUCUUUGACCGCGAGACUCGCGACGUGUACGGCGAUUGUGACGAGUUCAUCGGCGAGUGGCCGGUGCCACGCGGUUCCCUGGAUGAGGACGGCCACGUCGUCCCGACGAUAUCGGGCAGCUCCAGGGAUCUUUUCGAGGAGCUGGACCGGCGUUUAAAGCACGAACGGGUGCGACUGAAGGUCCUCUUCGACGAGCACGACUUUGACGACGACGGCAGGUUGGAGCAAGGGGAGCUCGCUCGCUUUGCGAGAAGGGUCAUACCCGAGGCGACCAGGGAGGAUGUCACCUACUUCCGCGUCAUGAUGGACGCGGACGGGGGCGAGAGUGUCACCUUUGACGAGAUCAUCGAGUGCGUGAAGCGGUGUAAGAGCGCGGGCGUUUCCAUGCGGGCGAGUUCGCAGAGCAAGGAUGUCCCCGAGGCGCUCGUGCGGGUGGUCCAGUUUAUGAAGGAAAACUCUGUUGACCCGCGACGCGUGUUCGACGCGUGCGACCUGGAUGGCAGCGGUUUCCUCGAUUUUGCGGAGCUCAAGGAGAUGAUCAAGGAGCUCGUGCCGGACGCGAGUGCGCAAGAACAGCGGCUGAUGCUGGCGGGUAUGAGAACCGUCGACUCCGACGGCGACGGACGCGUGAGCUACACCGAGAUGCUCCGCGCCACGCGACUGGUCACCCUCAAGAUUUUGGACUCCAAGGGUAAGGUUCGAAAACAUCCGAAGAAGGAGGGCGCUAAGAGGAGUUCGUCGAGGGCCGCGUCCACGGCGAGGAAGGUGCCGAAAAAGGAUGCCGUCGAGUCGGAACCGGUGACGCUUCCGAUGGAUCCAACCGUCGGCCAGGACUGGCGGCUCCGAUCCAUGCCAUUUGGUGACGAGACCUGCCUGGUCGAUGACGAGACUCGCCUGGUGUUCACCCGCAUUGAGGACGCUGACCUACCCCUCGGCGAGCGCAAGAAAUCGAAGCGGAAACCGAUCGGAAGGACCAUGGACACGCUGACGGCGACGUGGAGGACCGAGAUGAGGGCGGAUCUCGGCAAAAACUCUGACGACGAAUCAUCAGAUGACGAAUGGGACGAUACCGACACGGAUUCUGCCAACACCUCAAUGGUAUCCGAGGAGGGUUCCACCACGGACAAGGAAGGGACUUCCAAGUGGCCCGGGCCGCUGCGUGGCAAGCUCGCACCCUCAGGCAAGCUGAUUAAGCACGCCCCACUCUCCGAUCUUUUCGACGCCAUGAAGGAGUACUCGCAGCGAAACAAAAUCUCACUUCGCAAGCUCGUCAAGAUGCACGACGCAAACAAGAAGGGUUCGCUUACGCUGGCCGAGCUCACCAAACUUAUCAGGGGCUCGCUCCUGCCCGGGGUCACGAGCUCGGAGCUGUCCUACUACGGCGUCAUGCUCGACAGGGACGGUGACGGGUUUGUGACGCUGAGAGAUUUCGAGGAGUGCGUCGCUGAGAGCGCGCGAUGGGGCCGAGACGUCGCGCCCAGGACCGGUGCACCCUCACCGUGGAUCGUGAUGCAGCGAAUGUCCAUCGCCAUAGAGAGCGGGCCUCACAAGGGAGACGUCGCGGCUUUUUACUACGCUUGUCUGCUGGAGGAUGAAGAUCAGGACGCGUCUGCACUCCUGCUCGACUCUCGCAGGCUGCUCAAGUUGGUCAAGGAACUCUUCGCGGGUAUAUCCCACAUGGACGCGAGGUGCGCCGUCGCCAAUCUUCGCGCGUGUGAUCUCACCGGCGAUGCCACCAUAUCGCUCCCGGAGCUGGCCAGGGCGUUGAGACAGGCGACCGUCGGGAAGGUUCUCCCCGGCGAAGGUUUCGGCCGGGUAGAAGCCCCCGCGGUGGAAACGCCCGACGACUCCGCCAAAGAGAACCGGGACAAGGAAGCGCUGGCGAGGAAGGCUGAACGCGCGAGGUCUGAAAUGGACGCAACGUCCGGUGCGACCGCGCACGUGCAGCGCUACCGCACCGGUAAGCUCUCAGACACUACCAACCGCGCUCGAUCUGGAACCCCCGUGAAGAUCUCGGUUCGACCAGAGUCCCCAGAGGAUGACCCGUGGGACUCCAUUCCCGCACCGAGCCCCGCGCGUGGGGGAUCACCACCUGAACCGUACUCAAGGUUUGGCCCGAGCCCGCCAAAAAAGCAGACUGUUCCCCUUAGCAUGACGAAGACGACGGUGCCGCUUCCUGUCGACAAACCGAAAAAAUCUGCGAGGACCGCCAAGGAGGAACUGGAGCUGAAGAAGCGGCUCCGAGCCGAGAAGAUUCGCGCGGAGAAGAAGGUUGCCAAAGGCGAUGUCCUCCCCAACGACGCGCGCGAGGAGAUCGUCGCGGCGCAGGAGCUCCUGUUGGCUAGACAGUUCGAGAAGGAGCUCACCAUGAAGAGGGUCCGGGAGCAUCUCAUCGAGCAGGAGGACGCAAAGGUUCAGGUGGCGGAGGCUUGGCGCGAGCAGGAGAGGAUUGCCCAGGAGGAAUACGAGCGUGCCAUGCUCGCCUACCAACAGGAUCACCUCGAGCAGUUUGGGUACUACGACGAGGAGGCUGACACCACGGUGAGGAACUACUUCGAGGCGCAGAGGCAGGCGAGGGUGGACGAGGAGGUCCUUCGCAAGUGGAAAACUGAGGAGCUCCUCGCUAUGGCGCAAGAAUCUGGGCCGAAGCUCGUGGAGGCUCUCGCCGCUUUGAAACGAGGUCACGACGGAAAGAUCGCGCCCGAGUCUCUCGCGGCUAUCCAUGAAGCUGUGAGGGAAGGCGUCGCCGCCGAGGCUGAAGGAAACCUCAGGGUUGUCAACUCGACCGAUAUUGCCGCCGGAAGCAACGCCACUCAAGAGAUCCUUGUGGGAUUGAUGAGGCAGGCCGACGAGCAGAGACAGAUGGAGAAGGAGGACGAAGCUGACGACGCGGCGUUCGUUGCGCGCAUGCGCGAAGAGUACCCAGACUCGGGCAACUGGUCCGACGACGAGAUGGAGCCCGUGCCCGGGAUCCAGAGACCCGAGAGUCUCUUCUCGCCGCUCUUUAGCAAAUACCCAAAAAUGCCGUUCAAGAGCCACAAGGAGUUCAACGAGACCGUGCCCGCGGUGAAGAGGCUGCAGUUCGCGAACCAAUAA